UUUGGGGUUGGUGAUACUCCUCCCAAGUGGCAGACUUCUUUCUUUAGUGUGCCCCUUUUAUUUGUACAAUCCUUUGUUAUUUCUGUGUAAUGUAAUUUGUUCAUGACCAGGGAUCACUCCGCCUUUUUUGCUCUUCCAUAUAAUCAAUCAGUAUCUGAGUACAUAAUAUUCUUAGCUGUAAAUAACAUAUCCUUCCACUGAAUUCAGUUGUAGCAGAUAUCAUCAUCAAAAAUGUAGUACCCAGGUAAUAUCAGAUACAUGUAGUAAUGAUCUCAGGUGCUCUCAAUUCACUUUUCUGUAACAAUUGUGAAAAAAACAAUUUCUGGGAUUUGCACUGCACUUAAGUUAUACGAGAGAUCAAAUUAGUAAUUGAGUUGUACUGUAAGAAAAGUUAAAUGGGUUGAUAUUUUUCCUGGUCAAGGUUCUUCUGGCUGGCUGCCAUCAUCAAUGGAAUACAGUCUGUGUUCUUUUACUGUGGCUGCUCAGACUUAUGAAGGGUCCGAUUAUCAGAGAAUUUACUCUCACUCUAAGUGACAGUAGUUUUAUGCAAUUACAACAUUUUGUCAUAUUCUAAGAUAGUCUUAAGGUAAAUCUGAACAUUCUGACUGGUUCUUUCUUGGUUGGGAUUUUGCCAUACAGACCAUUUCCAUGAAAAUGGGCAUAAGCUGUGUAUCUUUUGUAUUUGAAAGCCUGGCCUGAGUGCCAUAUAAUAAAGUACUCUCUAACCUAUAGUGUGUGUAGCUUGCUCAAGCCGUACUAGAGAAUAUUGGCCCUCAGUUGUUCUGAAUGGAGUUCGCUGUGCUCGGUCCGUAUUGCCAGGACCUAGGGCAAUAUUCGUAAGCAUGGCCCUCUCGCUGGGCUAGUAUUAAGAGGUGAAUACUGAAAAUAAUUUUCAGGCUAUCCCAUAGGCCCUCCACAUUAUAUUUACAAAUGCUGCAUUACAUUGUUUUGUAGGAACAAAGCAGAACUUUUUUUAAAAUUAUUUUGGUCGUUAUUUUAAAAGGCUCCUUUGUUCAAGGCAGGCCACCUUUAUCAAUGGUACACAAUCAGUUGCCAUUUCCUGCAUGCAGUCAGACUCCAGGUCAAACUUCUCAGACACAAAGUCGUCAUCCUCAGAUUGCUUUUAAAGAAGGCAAACCUGGUGACGGUGACCUAGAUGAGCUGGCAGGAAUGAUUGCUGCAAAGUGGCAGGAGCUGGGACUUCACCUUGGCAUUUCUCAAGAUAAACUGGAUGAAAUAGAUGCUAAUGAAAAACGUAAAGCGUAUCGGAUGUUACUUCACUGGAGAAAUACAACAGCUUCAACUACACUUUACUGUGACCUCUACUAUGCUUUGUGUCAUCCUAGAGUUAGUCUCAAUAACGUGGCCAAACAAUGUUGUGGGUUCUCUGUUCAAGACAGGUCACCUUUACCAGUGCAACACAUUCAGUUGCCUUUUGCUACAUGCGAUCAGACUCCAGUUGAAACUUAUCAAACAAGUCACACUCAGAGAAAGCAGAAAAGGACAUUACCACCCAGUUUCCAGUCCAGUCCCCAGGAUCCUAAACAACCCAGACUCACAACUGCAGACCAAGCAGGUUCCUCUGGUCAUGGCAGGCCACCUUCAUGGCUGGAACACAAGCAGUUGCCUUUUCCUGCAGUCCCUCAGACUCCAGCUCAAACUUAUCAGACAAGUCACCCUCAGAGUUCCUCUAGCUGGUUGCCAUUAUCAAUGGAAUAUAGUCUGUGUUCUUCUACUGUGGCUGCUCAGACAAAUGAAGGGCCUGAUUGUCAGAGAAAUUACUCUCAGAGCUCCUUUGUUCAACGCAGGCCACCUUUAUCAAUGGAACACAAUCAGUUGCCAUUUCCUGCAUGCAGUCAGACUCCAGUUGAAACUUCUCAGACACAAAGUCAUCAUCCUCGGAGUGAGUAGGAAAUUUUUUAAUAUGUAGCCAAAACAAAUAACGACUUCAAACAGGUACAUGUAGUUAUAGCUACUCACCUCACUGCAUAACUGAGAUUCUGAUUGAUAGAAAAGAAAUAUCUUGUCAAUAUCUUGUAAUCCAUUGGACCAAUUUUUAACAGUGUCGAUGUAGAGCAGUGUUGUUCCCAGACAGAAUUCAAGAGCUUUG